UCGCUCUCUCGAUCUACGCUAGCGCCGCCGCCGAACGAGGCCAGCCCCCGGCGCCGUCGAUUCGUAUCUCCUUCUACGUUCUUCUCCCUCUCCACCGCUAGCGCGCGCCGGUGCCAGCAACCGCCGCCUCACCCUCAGCCACCUGCAAGCACAACGACCUCCUCCUGCGGCGGCGUAACCGAGCGACGGGGAAGAGAUGAAAAGUAGAGGACGCCGGAGAUCAGAGGAGCGACGGAGACCGGAGGACGAGCUCCUGGCAGCAGACAACAGACCGAUUCGAGCGAGCCCCCGGCGACGGACAACAGCGGGUGGCAGCCGGGUGUGCGGAGGCGGCGCUGGCCGCGGGCCGGAGGCGUUGGGCGCACGCGCUGAGGUAGCGGGCGACGCAGGUCUCCAGCCACAUCGUCUGCCUGCCUCCCCGGAAUACGCCGCCGUCCAGCACGAGCUGCCCGUCGUCGCUCCUACCGCGGGAAGGGAACCACGGGUGGUGGCCACUCCAGCGGUCCUGCUUGAUUUGCACACUUGAUUUCUCUCGUGGCUUGGUGCUCUGCUCUGUUUUUGGGAGUUGAUUUUUCUGAUUGGGGCUGAAAUUGGAGAAGAGUCAGCCGACGCAAAGAGGUACUAACUAGUAAGGGCAAGUGGAGCAGUUAUUCUAAAAUAUCUUCCCUAUGUUUCAAAAUAGAGGAUUUUCUUUGAAAAUAUUCUUCCUUAAAACUUGCCUAACUCUAGCAGUUUUCCUAAAAGAACUCUCCUAUUCUACAUUUUAAGAAUUUUGUGUAACCACCAUUUGAAACACAACGGUUAUAUCUCCAACGGCUAGUUUUUGAACGGCCGGAUUUCCAACGGCCAGUGUUUGAACGGUCGGAUUUCUAACGGCUAGCUUUUUUUAUCUAUAUAUACAUGAUCAGGUCUCAUAUCUCUCACAAUCUUGCUUCUGCCUCCUCUUCUACUUUGUUUUCACCAAAUCUCUUGCAUCUCUCCACAACAAAAUUAGUCACCGCCGAAGCUUGGCACGGCAGUUUUGCGAAGAUUCCUCGUCUGAAGAUGAGGAGCUCAUGAUGGUUGCAGUCGUAGUCGAGGAAGAACAUGCACGAUUGAAUGCUCCACGCCAUCAAGGUUCACUUCCAGGACGUCAUUCUCUUCAGCGCGAAUUUGCGGAACGCUUUCAGUGUCUUCACAAAGACUAUUUUGCUGAGAAUUGUACCUUCAACGCAAGGAUGUUUCGCAAUAGGUAUAGAAUGCACCGCAAUAGCAAGAGCUCUAGAGGAACAUGAUAGCUAUUUUUCCUUGAGAAGAAAUUGUGCUGGUACUCCUGGUUUACAUCCUUAUCAAAAGUUAACCUCCGCAUUCAGAAUCCUAGCUUAUGGGAUAUUAGUUGAUGGUACUGAUGAGUAUUGUCGGCUAGCAAAGUCCACUGCUUUAGAUAACCUUAGAACAUUUGUGCGUGCUGUUAUCGAGGUCUUUGGUGGUUGCUACCUGAGAUCUCCAAAUGCUGAAGAUACUGCUAGAUUACUUGCAAUUGGAGAGCAAAGGAGAUUCCCUGGUAUGGUCGGAAGCAUUGACUACAUGCAUUGGCAGUGGAAAAAUUGCCUUACUGCACACAAAGGUUUUUUUGUUGGCCAUAAUCGUGUACCCACAAUCAUUCUUGAAGCCGUUACUUCACAAGACCUUUGGAUAUGGCAUUCUUUCUUUGGUUUACCGGGAUCCCAUAAUGAUAUAAAUGUUCUUCACCGUUCACCUGUGUUUGCGAAUCUAGCUGAAGCGCAUGCUCCAGAAGUGAAUUACACCAUCAAUGGUCGCAACUACAACAUGGGUGUUACCUUGCAGAUGUCAUAUAUCCGCGAUGGGCCACAUUCGUGAAGACAAUUCCAAAUCCAACAAUUGAAA